AUGCAUUGGGGUAUCAUCAUUUCAAUAUUUAUUUCUAUACCAAAUAUUAGUGCAUAUGUUGCUAUUGGCGCAAAUUUGGAUGGUCUACGUGACUGGAGUCGUAGUCUACCAUAUGUUAAUCUAGUAAGACAAUCUCGUGUAUGGGGUAGUCCAUCUCGUCCUUGGGAUGCAAAUGCAACAUUUGAUCCCAUAACUGGAUGGCCUACAAGUGAUUUUGGAAUGGUACUAUCUACCAAUGCUGUCGAUAUGGGUGGAACAUAUUUAUUAAAUGCUCAAGGUAAUGCACAAGUAACUGUGGCUGGUGGAUCAUCCGCAGGACGUAUUGCAAAUAAAAUAUACGAUUCCUCAACAAAUACUCUAUCAGCUUUGGUGAUAAUACCGCAAGGUGCAUCCCAAAUAAUGCUUAGUUUUACCAAUACAAGUGGUCCUGGUUUGCAAAAUAUAAGCGUACUACAACCUGGUUACGAUUUAGCAUCAAAAUCAAAUAUUACUAAUUUAAUGUUAGCCCAUUUAUCACGUUUUAGUAUCAUACGUUUUAUGGAUUGGACUAGCACAAAUAAUAAUCCAGAUGUUAAUUGGGUUGAUACAACGCCAGUGUAUUGGCCACAAUAUACAACACCUAAACACAAUCCAUGGGAAACAAUCCCAUUAAUUGUAAAUCAACUUAAUUCAAAUGUUGACAUUUGGAUAAAUAUACCAUUUGGUGCAACAGAUGAUUAUGUAUUAAAUGUAGCACAGUUAAUGUUAAGCCAAUUAAAUCCAACAAUUAAUAUUUAUGUUGAAUAUUCAAACGAAGUAUGGAAUUAUAUAUUUACACAAGCUAAAGCAAAUCUUCAAGCUGCAAAUGAUUCUGUUUUGAAUCGUGGUGAUCCAUUACAAUUAGCUUAUGAUAAUAAUACAAAUUCUGGUUAUUGGGCAUUUCGACGAACAGCGUCACAAAUCAAACGUAUAUCUGACCUAUUUAAAACUGUAUUCGGUCAGCAAAAUGUUGGUCCAUGGAAACGAAUUCGACCAAUUUUAGCUGGUCAAAGUGUAAAUCCAAUUGUAAUUACACAAGGUUUAGAUUAUUUGAAUAAAGUUUAUGGUGCACCAUCAACAUUUCUUCAUGGUAUUGCUAUUGCUCCUUAUUUUGAUUUAUCACAAUAUAAAACAUGGUCAAAUUUAACAACAGAUCAAGUUAUUGAUGGACUCAAUUCUAGUAUACAAACAUAUUUACCUGAACAGGGUUGGAGUCAACUAGCACCAAUUGGUGUACAUGCUGUUUAUGCUGCUUGGUAUGGAUUAGUUGUUCAUGGUUAUGAAGGAGGACCAGAUACAGCAGCAGGUUGUGGAAGUUGUUCAUUACAAGCAAAAAUAAAUGCUACACGUGAUAAUCGUAUGACUGAUUUGUGUGUUUCAUUUUUAAAUGGUUGGUAUCGAUAUGGAUUUCAACCAUUGAAUUGGUUUGGUGCUGGAGCAAUUCAAGUAACAUCAACAGGUUCAUGGGGUUUAUUAGAAGAUAUGAGACAAGAAAUAUUAAUGGAUACAACAACAAUGUUUAAUUCAUCAUCACCUGUUACACAACUUCCACGACCAUCACCAAAAUUACAAGCUAUUGAUCAAAUUCGUCAAAGUUCCAUACCAUUAACAUUUGGUAUACCCAUACCAUCUUAUGAUGUGAAUGCUACCAAUUUUAUGAAUCGUAAAGUACCCUAUGCAGAUCCAUAUUUGAGAAAUUUAGGUCCAAAUUCAACAUUUUAUUAUCCAUUACAAAUUCUUCAAUCAUCAAUGCAAAUUAAUAUAACUGUUUAUGUUGCUGGUAAUUCAGGUAUAUUAGAAGCAUCGAUUAAUAAUGCAAAUUUUAUUCAAGUACAAACACCAUCAACAGGAAAUAUGACAUUAUUUCGACCAGUACCAUCAUUUCAAUUUAAUAUAAAUCCAACAAUUAUUCCAUCAAUAGUUACACUUCGUUUAAGAAAUAUUCGAAAUGGUUAUUCUAUUCGUAGUUUUGACGUUGUAUCAACAAUAAAUUCAAUAUAA